AAUCUCUAUGUUUAUAAGCUAAUUAAAAGACGACUGUAAUUUUUACUACAGAAGUUCUUAUAGUUUGCAUGCAUGCACUUUCUCUAUCACACAUGAACAUAUGGCCAUGGUGCAAAAUUAAAGACUUUUAGUUUCAGUUCAUAGUCCAAAGAGUCAUAAAUUCCAUCAUCUAAUACUUAAAAAUUAUAUGAUGCUGAAAUAGUAAAUUGAUGUGAUCUACCAUAUGGAAUUGUCUGUGAUACAGCUAUUAAAUUUUUAUUGACUUCUUUGAAAGAAAGAAAAAUAAAGUCACAAUCACAUAUAUUUAAGCGAUUUAUAUAGGAGUUAUAAUUUUAUUUUUCUUGUACUUAUUUUUGAUAUUUAAUUGAAAUGCAGAAAAUGUCAGAGAGGAGUCUAUUGGUAUUUAUUGCAAUCCAACAAAAAUGUUCAAUAUCGUAAGUGGCUUAACAAAUGUACAAAAACAAGCGAUAGUGGAUAUGGGUUUGGGAGGUAUUUUAUAUAUUCCUGAUAUAAGAAUGCGUCGUUGCCUUUGUUAUUGGUUAAUGAUUAAGGUAAAUAUAGAAACACGUAUAAUUAAAAUAAGAGAUUACGAGGUGUCACUAUCAGAAAAGGAUGUCGUUUACUUGAUGGGAUUACGUGCUGAAGGUGAUAUUGUUAUGCUUUGCAAUGAAAGUGUUGACCCGGAAAUUUUGAAAUAUUAUGUUGAACCAUUCACGAAGAAAAUUACAAUCUGACACCUUAUAAAUUGUAUUGGUUCAUCUGAUGGAGCAGACGAUCAUUUUAAGAGAUCUUUUGUGCUUCUAUUACUGGGACUUGUGCUAACUCCUAUAAAUGAUAAGGAUUAUAUACCCCAAUAUUAUCUAAACAUUCUGGUUGAUGUCAAAAAAAUAUAUUUAUACAAUUGGGCUAGAUUCACUCUUGACUUCUUAUUUUCAAGCAUUACAAGUCAGAGGAAAAAAAAUGCUAAGUACGCAAAUGGGUGUAUGCUUCUAUUACAGGUAAAUUCUUUAAUUUAAGUGAGCUAAUAAUUUUAUUUUUACUAUUUUAUCUUAUAGUAACUAUAUAUGCUUGUCAUUUAUAUUAGCUGUGGUAUUAUGAGCACUUCAGAUUUCCGGGUAAUGACUUUGAUUACAAUGCUAAAAGUCUUCCAAUAAUGGCACAUUGGACUGAGAAGCGAUGUGCAUCAAGAGAGAACUAUGAAAAUUUAUUUGGUCGCGCUGAUAACAAAAUGUAUCAUGAAUUACAAAAAAAGUUAGUAGUAGUAUUUGAUUUAGCGAUGCCUUACAUGCAACAAGAAACAACUGAUGCUUCAGAAGGACACCAUGCAACAACAUCCAAUCAAAAGGAACAUUAUGCUACUUUUGAAAAUAAAUCCAAUGGUCAAGCUGGUCAAAACUUGAGGCCAAAUCAUGGAGAAGAAAAAGAAGAGGCAAAGGAGGAGAAGGAAAAAGACGAAGAGGAUGAGGAAAAUGAUGAGGUUUCAGUUGAAACAUUUGAUUACAUGGACAAACAUAUGCUAUCAUUUCGUAUGGCUUCAGUUGAACGGAGUGUGCAUUGCUUAGAAAAUAUUAUAAAAAAAUAUGCUUGAAAUUACACAAGCUAUCUUCGAGAUGAGAGAUGAUGUUUCCACACUCAAAUCCGACA